AUGAUGCUGCAAGGGCGAGCCUAUGCGGUCGAGAGGUUCCCCAAUCCGUUUGAGGGAUUUGUGGCGUUUGCUAAAGGAUUGGGUCUGGGUGAAACGAUUCAUCGCGGGGAAUUCCGUGUCAAGGGUCAGUGUCCGAGAGGUAUCGCCGGGGUCGAAAGUUUCCGGUCUGGCAUGGAUCGCCAAUUCCUAAUUUCUUGUGGUGUUCAGCUACAAUCUAUAUCAUUUGUGCAAAUGAGGGGAAGGAGCUACACCCCUUCACCACCACCAAGGAGCUAUAGUAGAAGAGGUAGAAGCCCAGUCCCUAGAGGCCGUCAUGGCGGCAGAGGAGAUGCACCUACUAGCCUUUUAGUUCGCAAUCUACGCAGGGACUGUAGGGCAGAGGACUUGAAGAAGCCUUUUGGCCAAUUUGGCGAUGUUAAGGACAUCUAUCUUCCAAGGGAUUACCACACUCGUGAACCACGGGGUUUCGGGUUUAUCCAGUAUGUCGACCCAGCUGAUGCUGCCGAAGCUAAAUAUCAGAUGGAUGGUCAGUUGUUCCAAGGUCGGGAGAUCACUGUUGUUUUUGCUGAGGAGAACAGAAAGAAGCCAACUGAGAUGAGAGCCAGGGAACGAGGAGGAAGAGGUCGUGCAUAUGAUCGGAGGAGGUCCCCCCCUCGUUAUUCCCGUUCCCCACCACGCUAUGGGAGGUCUCCUUCUCAUAGCCGUGAUCACUACUCCCCUCGUAGGAGAGGAUACUCGAGGUCUGUCUCUCCUCGUAGGCCUAGAUACAGUAGAGAAAGAUCAUACUCACGAUCCCCAGCACGUGAACAGUCUCCUCCGUAUAACGGCCCAAGGGACUACAGUGCAAGCCCAGUGAGGGAACGUUCGCCUGCUGGGUCAAGAAGCCGCAGCCAAAGCCCAGCCCGGAACCGCUCUCCAGAUAGGGCCCGCAGCCCGAGCCGCAGCAGGAGCCCUUAUCCUCCGGCCGAGUAUUCAAGGGGACAGAGGAGGGCGAGGUCUCCUAGCCAGUGA